AUGUCAGCUUCUCAGGACAGGUUCCAUCAAGCAGAAACUCCCAUUCAUGGAUAUUUUUACUGGAUGGUCGAGCUGGGAGUGUUGCGGUUCUUUAUCGAGUAUCACAUCUUCCAGGCCAUCCCCGACUCGGGUAUAUCGAUUUCCGACCUAGCCACGAAGACGGGCAUCGACGCAAGGCUAUUGGGGCGACAUGCCAACUUUUUAGUUGCCGUGGAGGUGUUGAAGUCUCCCUCUCCAGGGCAGAUUGAGCACACAUCUCUCUCCAAAAAGUUCCAGGAGCCCCUGGCCACCCUAUUGUACCCGCACGUGUUUGAUUCCUUCAUGGCUACCGCCGUCAAGUGGCCGGAAUAUUUCAAGCAGAACGGCGGUUCCGAGCCGCAAAGGUCCAAUCGAGCCCCCUUUGGUUUUGCCGUGGGCCAUCCCGACAAGUCCUUCUACGAGGUACUUGAGCUAAUUCCCGAGCGGGCCAAAUCGUUUAACAGCGCCAUGGCACUUUCCCUAGAUGACAUGCCAAUCACGGGAAUCUAUGAUUUCCAGUGGGUGGGGGACUACCGCAGUCAGACCGAUGUGUCCAGCAGACCAUGCAUCGUGGACGUGGGCGGAGGCAAAGGGCAAGCCUUGAAGGCCAUUCUCGAGGAGAAUCCAACGAUACCGGCCACUUUGUGUGUCCUAGAGGACCAAGCCGAGGUAAUUCAGCAAGCAAGUACAGAAGCGAGUCCUGUUCUGGAACCUGUCCGGAGGAUUUCACACAGUUUUUUUGACGAACAACCAGUCAAAGGUGCCUUGGUCUACUACAUCCGACGCGUCUUGAACGACUGGCCUGACGAUGAAUGUGUCCAGGUGCUCAGUAGGAUUCGCACCGCUUGUGCACCAGACUCGAGAGUUCUCAUUUCUGAAAAUUUACUCCCCUGUGAGCCAUUGCUUGGCUCUGCUGCGAUCGACCUAUGGAUGAUGAACUUCGGUGGUAAAAGGCGUAAUGAGAACAUGUUUAGUGAAUUGGCUUCGAGGUCUGGUUUCAGAGUGUCUUCGGUUGCUAAAGAUAAGGCAACUAAUAUGGGAAUAGUUGAGAUGUUGCCUGUGUAG